UGGGAGAGGGGGAGACCCGGUACAGCGGCCACCAGGACAAGCGGCGCAUAGCAUGCAUGCAUACAUGCACGCCCAGCAGGCGCGCACGCUUCGCAAGCAUCGAGCAGAGCAGCAGCAGCACAUAUAGCCGCCCCCACAGCCAUGCCGCCCCUGCGCUCAGCCCGCAGGCGCGUCGCCUCCGAGGAUCAAGACGGCGCCGACGGGAGCAGCGCGACGCAGCGCGCAGGGCGACCGCCGCGCAGCUCGCGCUCCCAGAUGCAACAGACACAAGGUCAGCGAAGCAGCGGCGGCGGCGACCGCAGGCGCACCACGCAGGUAAUCGAUGAAGAUGACGAGGAGGAAGAGCAAGAGGAUGAUCUAGGGGAGGAGGACGAGGGUCCAUCGCGGAAGGGCAUGCGUGCAACGUACGGCCGCAACUCGCAGCGCCUAUCGGAAAGGGGCAACAAGGGGCGCCGCUCGCGCCGGGAGGCCGGCGACGACGACGAUGAGGAGGACGAGGAGGAAGUUGGCGCCGGGGGCGCCGACCUCGGGUUUGACGACGCCGAGCCCGGCGGACAGGCGCGCACGCAGGCGUUCAAGGCGCUGACGCAGGCGAUUCAUGUCUCCGAAGACGAGGAAGACGAGGAGGACCCGGAGCAUGAGCGUGCAAAGUGGCAGAUGUGGGAGGACACGGUCAAGAUCGACCAGCCGGUCGAUGCGCACAUGGCCGACAAGCUCAUCUCCCGAUCCAUCAAGGAGAUCGAGGCCUUCCUUAAGAGCGCUGAGGAGACCAAUCAGGUCCUCGCCGACGCCAUCAUCGCGCUCGAAGAGUACCACGGCGGCGAGGAGGAGCAUCCGCGUUUCAGGCAGCUUGACAAGGACGUCCGCGAUCUGAUAGACGCCUGCUUUACGGCCAACGGCCGCAUACGCAUCCUCGGAAACAUCAGGGAUGACGUCGUGAACGACGAUGCCGAAGGGAUGGACCUCGUCGCCAAGUACGACGGCGCAUCCAAGAAUCUCAACGAGGCGUACCUCGCCAAGACGGCGCGCCAAAAGUACCUCAAAAGUAAACUGUACGAGAACUUCAGGACCCUCGCGUGGGACGCCGCCGCGAGGAACCAGGGGCAGCCCAUGCCGUCCAUGAGCGAGAUCAUACCUGCUGAGAACGGCAACCGCAAUGAUCUGGGUGACGAUGAUGACGAGCUGCAGAUCGGAGGCAUGACGACUAACUUCAAGGAUCCGCUCACGCAAGCCUUGCUUGAGAAUCCAGUCAUCAAUACGGCCUGCUCCCACGUCUACUCGCGCAAGACGAUCAAGGAGUACGUCCUGAGUGAGCAGCGCACCAAAGGCAGCGCCAUCUGCCCCGUGUCGGGCUGCAGCCAGCGCAUCGAACCGAGGAACCUCAAGGAUGAUGAGUUCAUGGCCAAGCGCGUUGCCUUCCACAUCCGCCGCCUCAACCGCCAGGAGGAAGGCGGCGCGAGGCGCAAGGCACUGUCCCAGGCCGAGGUGAUCGAUUGACCCUGACACGAUCGUCGACAUAGCUGCCGCAGGCGGAGACCCGAUCCACUGGCGGCAAUGUACAUUAGCAGAACCUUCUCAAGGAAAAUGCCCUGAUGCGGUUCACCAACUCCGUACGCGCAUGUCUCAUGGA